AUGGACCGUCAGCUGAGGGACUUCUGCAUCCAGCAGACGACAAGCUCCUGCUGCGAAGGUGGCCACAAAGACGACGACUUCUGCGAUCGACGCAUCAUUCUGCGAUGUAUCUCCACAUGGUUUGGGUCUAUCGAGAACUUUGAGCUCCGGGUGCAGACUGAGGUGCGGAAGGCUCUGGCGAAUCAGCUCGUAGACGGAGGCUUCACCUACCGCCGCAUGGUCCUUGCCACGGUUCCCCUUCUCUGGUCUCUGUUGGAUCGUAUGGCAUCCGACGUCCGGGAUCCCCUCUGGGCGGCGGGGCAGAUGGCCCGUCUCUUUGCCUAUUGGUUGACCACUGUUCCGUCUUUGCUACAAGUUCCGCGCUUCUUGUGGGAGGACAUCCCUCGAGAUCCUCCUCUCGCUCGGGCUUGUGAUGAUCGGAGCUGCCAUGUAUUGUGCCACAGCAGCGAUUGA